GGAGGAGGAGGAGGAGGAGGCGGGGCGGGCCUCGCGGGGGUCCCUCUCCCUCCGCCCCUUCCCAUUGGCUGCUCAGAGAUGCCCAGCUGGGCUCUGGGCCUCUGCCUUCAACGGGACGCCAGCCUUUGCCAUUGGCCCAAGCGCCGGGCGGCGGAGGGGAGAGGGCUCCCCUUCAGGGCAGCAGCAGCAGCAAGGCCCAGGGCCCAGGAGGAAGAAGCGGAGGGGCGCUCUCCCUCUCUUCCCUGGAGGCCGAGGCGGCUUGUCUUUCUCUUCCUCGCUCUCCGUCCCUUAGACCCACCUGGGGCACCUGGCGCCUAGAGGGCUGCUAAAGGGAGAGAGCAACCUCCGAGGAAGAGGCCAGAGACGCAGAGGCGGGUGGGUUGGGGCUGUGCUGCAGCAGCAGAAGGAGAGAAGCCCGGCCUGGGCUGGAGAAGGGAAGGGGAGGCAGCCAGGCUCCAGGGCCGGAGAGGAGGGAGGACCGCUGGCCCUGCCAAGAGCGAGAGGGCCCUUCUGCCGGGCUCCCGAAGGAGGGCCUCUGAGGAGCAUGGGGGGUGGCUCUUCCUCGUCUCCUCCUCCUCCUCCUCCUUCUCCGCGUGCCUGGCUGAUGCCCCGGGAUGCCUAGCCCCCCAGCAAGGGGUCCGCAGGGGCGCCGCCACCACUACCGCCACCACUCCCGGCAGCGACUGAAGCCUGGGCUGUAAUGGAAACUGGGGGCGAUGCCAGGGCGGCCCCUCCGCGGCGGGGAGACGCUGCUGCUGCUGCUGCUGCAGAAGGACAUCCAGCCGCGGCGGCUGCAGCUGCCUUUGGCCCAGGCUCUCCUGCGGGUGGAAAGGCCAUGAAUAUGGAUGGACCAGGCAGGGGCGGGGUGCCCGGCCCGGACCCUGCAGCAUCAGCAUCCCCAGCAGUGAUGCCCAAGGGGGCCCGACCUCCGACGGGGACUCCCUCCGGCCGCCUCCCUUACGCCAAGGACCCCAAAACCGUCCACCAGCGCUUCCUCCGGAGGAGCGUGGUGGACUCCGACCAAGAGGAGCCCCCCUUCGAGCCCACCGAACCGGAGCCUCCGCCGCCCCAGAAGAAAAUCCUCCUCAUCUCCAAAACCCGGCGGAUCAUCGCGGAGCGGGCCAAGGCGGCCCAGAGGCCCGGGAAGCUGGUGGAGGAAGAGGAGGCCAGGCCGGGCAAAGAGGAGCCCUCCCCUGCCUCGGGGCCAAAGGGGGACGGCGGAGGGGCGGCGGGGGCGGCGGCGGCCCCGGAGGGCCCCCAGGGACUCUUGUCCGGAGCCCAGGCGGCCCCGGAGGCAGAGGCAGCGGGGAAGGGGACUGGAGAGGGGGUCCCGGAGCUUGAAGGGGAUGCCGAGAAGAAAGAAGCCCCCGAGGCCACCAAGGAGCAGGGCAAGACCAAGAAGGAGGAGGCCGAGGAGGAGGAAGAAGAGGCCGACAUGAAAGCCGUGGCCACCUCCCCCGACGGCAGGUUUCUCAAGUUCGACAUUGAACUCGGGAGAGGGUCCUUCAAGACGGUCUACAAGGGCCUGGACACGGAGACCUGGGUAGAAGUGGCCUGGUGCGAGCUCCAGGAUCGAAAGCUGACAAAAGUGGAAAGGCAGAGGUUUAAAGAGGAAGCAGAGAUGUUAAAAGGCCUCCAACACCCAAACAUUGUUAGGUUUUAUGACUUUUGGGAAUCAUGUUUGAAAGGAAAGAAAUGUAUUGUGCUGGUUACAGAACUGAUGACCUCGGGAACCCUGAAAACAUAUUUGAAAAGAUUUAAAGUGAUGAAACCAAAAGUCCUUCGUAGCUGGUGUCGGCAAAUUUUGAAAGGUCUCCAUUUUCUGCACACCAGAACUCCACCAAUCAUUCACAGAGAUUUAAAAUGUGACAAUAUUUUUAUAACUGGACCAACUGGAUCUGUGAAAAUAGGAGAUUUAGGUUUGGCAACUCUCAAGAGAGCUUCAUUUGCCAAAAGUGUGAUAGGUACUCCAGAAUUUAUGGCUCCAGAAAUGUAUGAAGAACACUAUGAUGAAUCAGUGGAUGUAUAUGCUUUUGGAAUGUGUAUGUUGGAAAUGGCUACCUCAGAAUAUCCUUAUUCAGAAUGCCAGAAUGCUGCUCAGAUUUACAGAAAAGUAACCUGUGGUGUCAAACCAGCAAGUUUCGAUAAAGUUACCGACCCUGAAAUUAAGGAGAUAAUUGGAGAGUGCAUUUGCAAAAAUAAAGAAGAAAGGUACGAAAUUAAAGAUUUGCUAAGCCAUGCUUUUUUUGCUGAAGAUACUGGGGUAAGAGUGGAACUUGCAGAAGAAGAUGAUGGUAGGAAAUCCUCUAUUGCCUUAAGACUCUGGGUAGAAGAUCCUAAGAAACUGAAAGGAAAACCCAAAGAUAAUGGAGCCAUUGAGUUUACUUUUGAUCUGGAGAAGGAAACUCCUGAUGAUGUUGCACAAGAAAUGGUUGAUGCUGGAUUUUUUCAUGAAAAUGAUGUUAAAAUAGUUGCAAAAUCAAUACGUGACAGAGUAGCAUUAAUACAGUGGAGAAGAGAGAGGAUAUGGCCCAUGUUGCAAUCUGAGGAUCAGCGGGAUCCUGAGAGUUUAGAAAAAGCAAAGGCCCCACAAGCACAACCAGUUCAGGUUACUUACCUUUCUCACACUGGUCACCAUAUCUUGUCAGAACCAGAAGAGCCUGAAGCAGACCAGCAUCUUUCUCAACAGACUCUUCCCACAAGCGUUACUUCACUUGCAUCUGAUAGCACAUUUGACAGUGGUCAGGGAUCUACAGUGUAUUCAGAUUCCCAGAGCAGUCAGCAAAGUGUCAUUUAUUCCUCUAUGCCUGAAGCAAUACCUCCUGCUAUUCAACGGGUUUAUAGCCCACCUCUCAGUGAAAACCAAGCUUUGCCGCAUGGUCUUCAGCAACUGGGACCCUACCAGCAGCCUUCAGUACCUGGACUUCCAGUGGUUCAGGCUCCUCCUGCUGUUGUUUCUCAACGACCACAACAUUACCAAGAACCAGCAAUCCCCUUCCCCGUGGUCCAUCCCACCUCAGCUGCCCCUGUGCAGAUGAGACCACCACAGCCUGUCUUAGCCAGCCAACAGCAUUCCAUCCCACCUCCAUCACCUCUACCCCAAGUUAUCGCCAGCCAGCCUAUUUGCCCAGUGCAGCAGCCUGCACCUCAAAUGCUACCCCAGUAUCAAACUCCCACAUCUCAGAUGGCAGCUACCAGUACACCAUUGGCACCUCUGCAAAUUCCUCCUGUGCAGCCACUUCCAUCUGUCCCUCCUGCCCAGAUUCCUCAAUUUCCUGUCAUUCCUGCAGUUACUCCUCUGGCAGGACUUGACAGCCAUCCUCCAAACCUGUCUGACAUACCUGCUGCAAAUGUGCCCCCUAUACCUCCUCCUUCUCAGUAUUUUCCUCCAGCUGUGAUCUUACCAAGCCUCCCUGUGAACCCUGCUCUGCCACUGACAUCAACUUCCCCUGCCCUACCCAUGCAAGCAGUCAACCUUCCUCAUACUACUGUGGCUUCCUUGGUCUUACCCUGCCAAACAAUUGUGCCAAAUAUGUCGGCUGCUCCAAUACCAUUACUUGCUGUGGCUCCAUCGGGAGUGCCAGCUUUGCCAACACAUCAUGCGGUAGCGCAGCUCUCCCAGCAGCAAAUGUACCAGGCUACCCUCCAGCAGAUAAUUCAGAAUGAAGUUCUUUCCUCUCCCCAUCACACUCAGAACAUGCAAGCAGUUUCACAACAGCAGCAGCAGCAGCAGCAGCAGCUGCCUCCACUUCCACAGUCACUUCAACCAAGCAUAAUUCAUUCUUCAGAACAGACUAUGUCUGCAUCUGGGGCUGGUAACCAGAUAAUUGGACACACGCAGUAUGCUGUGGAUAUUGGAACCCAGAUUCCUGCAUUGCCAGUGCAACCUUCUGCAGUUAUAUCACCACCUUUGCAAUUGCAGCCUGAAGCAUUGCCUCCUUGCAUCAUUCCUGAAGGUCUUUCACAGAGCAUAAUGACUGCAGCUAACAUGGCAAUGCCAAUAGAUCAUGGUCUGCCUGUGCAGUCUACUACUUAUCUGCAAACUCAGCCAGAUAAUCAUCAGCCUCUAGGUCAGCAGGUGCCACCUGCAGCCCCAGUUGUCCCACAGGCAACAGAAUCUUCUCAAGAGGAGCCUGCAGUACUAGAGAAGCAGCAGUCACUGUCACAGAGCUGCGAAAGCUAUAUGAGUCCUGAUCUUGCUUCUGGAAAAGAGAUGAGUGACAGCUUUGAAGGUACAAGUGGAAGUGGAAAACAAGAAGGAAAAUCUUCAAAGAAACAUAAGAAAUCAACACGUACUCGUUCUCGUCAGGAGAAAUCUAACAGGCCCAAACUGACAAUUUUAAAUGUAUGCAACACAGGGGAUAAGAUGGUGGAAUGUCAGCUGGAAACACACAAUCACAAAAUGGUUACAUUUAAGUUUGAUUUAGAUGGAGAUGCUCCAGAAGAAAUUGCUACUUACAUGGUAGAAAAUGAAUUUAUAUUGCCUACUGAGAAAGAGAUAUUUAUUGAGCAACUAAAAGAAAUAAUUGACAAAGCAGAAGAUAUGCUUAGUGAAGAUACAGAAGGAGAAAGAAGUUCUGAUCAGGGUGCAAGCCCUCAACAAGAUACUUACAGGAUGGAAAUCAACGAGGACAAUCGGCAAUCCCAAGCAAGAAUGCCAGUGUAUCAACAGAAUGUUCUCCAUACAGGGAAGCGUUGGUUUAUCAUUUGUCCUGUUGUGGAAAAUCCAGCUGCUGAAGCCCCAGAAUUCUCUCCAUCCAUUCCACAGACUUCAAAACAAGCUGAAGCCCCAGAUCUAGAGCAGUCGGAUGAUCAGCGGCAGAGUUCUACCAUAACAGACAGACAAAACAACAUGGCUUAUCAGCAACUUUCUAGUCAAAGGAGUGCCUAUGAGAGCCCCAGAGGAACACCUCCUCCUUCUCCUCUGACACAAGUCUCUGCUCAGUCUGCAUCAACCUCCCUUUCAGAAGUUCAAUCAGAAAUACCCAAUGCAGCACCCCCAGCAACAGCUCCACCUCCUCUUGAAGAGGCUGCUGAAAGUAGUAGUCAAAGAGAAUGCCCUCCACUACAGCCUGUGGUACCCAGUCGACCUGACACUCCUGUCCAUAGUGCCACUUUGCCCGAAGAGUCUCAGCCACCUCUAAAUCCCCCUCUGCAGGCACAGAAGCAAAUAGAUGAAAAGGCUUGUGUCUGCAAUGUAGAAGCUGAGCCCAGAACUGCUGGGCUGCCAAAACAGGUUCAGCCUAUUCUUGCGCAGACAACAGAAGUCUGCCCACUCCCUACUGUCUCUGAUGCUACUAUUUUGGAAUGUCAGCUUCCAACACAAAUCCCCCAUCUGCCAGACGACAGUCAGCCUAGCCAGAUGAAGCAUUCUUUUGAAGGCCAGAUACUUCCUGUGACUGCUGUCCCUGAUCCUCUGGUUCCUACAGCACCUCAGCUUUCAAGUCCUCCUCCCAUGUCUGUAACUGUCCCCCAGAUUCCCCUAAUGCCAACACAAUCCCAGCCUGCACUGUCCAGUGGUCUUGCUGCAGGUGUACCUCAGCCUCCUUGUGCAGUAGAGUCAGAUGGUGAAGGACCACCCAGAGUUGAUUUUGCUGACAACACAAUAAAAAGCCUGGAUGAGAAAUUGCGAAACCUGCUUUACCAGGAGUAUGUCCCAACAUCUUCUGCAUCAGCCGCAACGCCAGAUAGUUUCAUACCUUUAGACCAAGGGGAUGGUGAAUUUAAUUUAGCAUCUUUGCCUCCACUUGUGCUGGAUUUGAAAGUGCCAGGACCUGGCAUGGAUGUUCAUGCAGCUGAAGACAACCUUGUAACCAGCACAACAGCUCCUGUUUUGGUGGGGAAAUCAGAUGUUACUGGCACCAGCCUCCAGUCUUCAGAAGUAAGCCAUGCGUCAACAAGCAGAGCAGGUCAAGCUUCAGCUUCUGUUACUUCAGCUACUGUUGCCAUACCAUCAGGACUCCCUCAGGUUGCUUUUUCAUCAUCAAAUGUAGCUGGCCAGAAAGAUGCUUCUAACAGGAAUGAAAAGGAAAAUGCUCUAACAUUAUUUGAAGAAAAAAAUAAAUCUCAAAAAGAUGGCUCUCUAGACUCCAGCACAAGUGCAAAGCAAGUUGAAACAAAUAGCAGUACACCAGCAAAAACAAUUGGCAGAUUUUCAGUGAUCAGCACACAGGAUGAUUUAACCUUACCAUUGGUGCAAUCCCAGAGAUACUCUGCACCACCAGAUGUUUAUCUUGAUGAUCAGCCUUCUAGCCCUGAUAGGAAGACCUCUUUGCGACGUGUGCAGACAGCAUCCUCUGUUGAUCUUCUUUGUGGUCAUGAUUCAAGUGAUUCUGGAGAUGAAUCUCUUCAGAGAAAACCAACUGCAGCUCCCUCAUCACCUCAGAGCAGUAGUGCAGGAAAUGACUAUGUUAAAAAGCACUCCUCUUUUCUUCAAAAGGCUGGAAAGUCAAGUUCACAAGCUCUUGAUUCUCCUAAUGGUCAUGGGUCAAAAAUACCAACUAUCAAUGUAUCAUCUUUCCACUCGCACUCAUCAUAUGUGAGCAGUGACAAUGAUUCAGAGUUUGAAGAUGCAGACAUGAAAAAAGAACUGCAGAACCUGAGAGAAAAACAUAUGAAAGAAAUUUCUGAACUUCAGAGUCAACACAAAAAAGAAAUAGAAGCUCUGUACAUUCGACUGGGAAAACCUUUACCACCAAAUGUUGGCUUCCUUCAUUCUGCCCCACCGAGUGGCCGUCGAAGAAGAACCAGCAAGAACAAAUUAAAAACUGGGAAAUUAUUAAACCCUGUUGUUCAGCAGCUUAAAACAACAACAUCCAAUGCAAGCAAUGGAUCAGACUGCAAGGAUGUUCUGGCUAAAGAAAAUGCUAAAGUUAAGCCUGAUUCUACUGAAGGAACUGCACUAACAUCAUCCACAUCAGCCAUACUUGGAAAGUCAGUUCAGACACAGCAGCCCUGCUCCGUCAAAGCUUCCUUGUCUUCUGACAUCUGUUCUGGAUUAGCUACUACUGAAGGAGGUGAUGCUCAUGGAAAUUCUGGCCAAGGCUGGACGGUUUUCCACCAAACGUCUGAGAGAGUGACCUAUAAAUCUAAUAGCAAACCUCGUACCAGAUUCCUCAGUGGACCUGUGUCUUUGUCCAUCUGGUCCACCCUGAAACGACUAUGUCUAGGCAAAGAUCACAGUAGUAGAUCCUCAACAAACAGUCUUGUAGCAUAUCCAGACCCUCUACCACAAACAACGCUACAGGUUCAGGUACAAGCCAACAACAGUAACAACAAGAAAGGAACUUUCACGGACGAUCUCCACAAAUUGGUGGAUCAAUGGACAAGCAAAACUGUGGGAGCUGUACAAGCAAAACCAUCCUUGAAUCAACUUAAGCAGAACCAAAAACGGCAAGACAUGGAGCCAAAGGCUAAUCCCAUGCAGACACAGAAUGAGACAUGUGGAGUUAAUUCAGUAAGAACAGGAGUGGGGGAAAAGUGCAUUGUUCCAGUCUCUUGCCCAAUGCCCAUCGCAUUAACUGCUGGAGUUUCACCAACCUUGCCAGUGCCUAUGACAGAUUCUGAGGAAGAGAACACCACCGACUGAUACAUGGCCAAGCUUGGACAUAGGGUCAACCACAAAAUCUUACUUCAACUAGCCAAGAAGAAAAUCUGAGAACUGAUGUCAUGUGUGAGACAUUCUACUAUUCUUGUCCAUUCGAUUCAAUUUUGUAACUUCUUUCUAAGCUUUUUGUUUUUAAUUUAUAGUUGGAAAUUCAAACAUUAUGCAAAAAAUAAACUAUAAUUAUUUUGA